AUGAGUGGCAAGUCAGACAUCUCGUUCCUGCUGAACCCGCAGCCCACAGUCGAAGAAUGGUCCAUGCACUUAACUCCGCCCAUGUCACCGUCACCGUCAGCCACGGUUGCACGACUGACUGCAAUGGCGCAGAGUCCGGCCGCGUCAGCCAUGUCGUCAUCGCUCCUGCUCCUGGGUUCGUGCAUCGCGCCACGCGAGAAGAUGAGCAGUAGCUAUCAUUGUGUGAACACCACGACCCAAGAAGACUCGGACAGCACGCACUCGAGUCCGCAAGAGCCGCACGCCACCCUGCCAGGUCGAGGGGUGCACGAACAUUGCCGUGUCUCGCGGCUGUUGCGUCCGUCAUGGCGGCGGCUCUCGGUGCCCAGUGACGGGAUGCCCCAACCGCGCCAAGCUGUACAAGAAGUGUUUCCAGCACGGUGGCUUCAAGACGUGCGCGACCGAGGGAUGUACGCGCAAAGCGAAGCGGUACGGCCACUGCUGGUCGCACGGCGGCGGUCGAAUCUGCGAGGUUCCUGAUUGUGAGAAGGUGUCUACACAGGGCGGUCUGUGCUGGGCUCACGGCGGCGGCAAUCGCUGCGCUGCAGUCGUCGUUCGUACCAGAAGUAUGGGUAGUACUGCGUGGAUCACGCGUCUUGUAACAAGGCCGAGCCCACAGUGUGAAUCGUGUGUCUUCAACACGUUAUACUACUACUUGAACUACUAUUUGAUACCAUGUACCUGGUAGUAUUUUUUAUAAUUGAAACAUUCACUGAAACAUUGGCAUUUAA